UUCCCAGUGGUAUUCCUGCCUGUUUUCUAGUGGUAUUCCUGCCUGUUUCCCAGUGGUAACACUGACAGAUCCUCAGUGGUAUUAGUGCUUGACUCAUAAUGGUAUUCCUGCCUGAAUUACAAAUGAAAGGAUAAGUGUUGACAUCAGUUGUUGUGUGCAGGAAAUGCAGGGCAGGUUACGGUCAAGACGGUCACUGCUGCUCGUUGCGGCCGUCUUCAUCAUGUCCCUGCUUGGGUAUCGUCACAAUUUUCAUCGUCACAGUUUUGAACCUCCAAGUUUCUUUCCGUGGACGAACUCAAGUGAGCGCAACGUGUCAGUUUACAUUCCUGCUGAGGGUCCGUUGUUGUUGACACCCCGCGUGCGUUGCUCAGGAGAUGAAUUUCUGUUGGUGGUAGUACCGAGCAGUCCUGGUAACAUCGAACGGCGAGAGGCCAUCAGGAAUACCUACGGUCAAUGGGUCCAUCAAAUGGGCAAAGCGUCAAAUUCCAAGAGCCCUUUACAGCAGAUCGACUGGACAAAUGCCUCCACUGACGAGCAUGAGGAGAGCUUUUAUGUCGUAUGGGAGGAUUACAUCGACAAACCGAAUCUGCAGGAGACGAUGGCAGAGUCGACGAACUCUCAUCAUCUUGACGAGAUGAGUAACUUGAUGAUGGUUGCAAAUUCAGUUGUUGGCGAAGAAGGGGCAGCUGCUUCAGCUUCAGCUCACGGCAUGCGUGCUCGUUUGGUACCUAAUGUGCAGCAUCUUACUUCUGCCAAGCUCAAUCGUACACUCAAAACAAAACUUCUCUUUGUUUUGGGUCGGGAAGAAAACGGCGGGUUUCCUGUCAGCGCUGCGCUGAUGAACGAACAGAAGGCACACGGAGAUUUGGUUGUCGAAAACUUCAUUGAUACCUACUUCAAUUUAACUUUGAAGAGCCUCUUCCUUAUCAAGUACGUAAAGAUGAAUUGCCCAAACGUCAAAUACGUAGCCAAGGUUGAUGAUGACGUCUUCUUACAUGUCCCGAACUUGCACAGAACUUUAACUACCAAAGACACCACAGAAAAGCUCAUCAUGGGAUUCAUUAUCUGCAACUCACAGAUCACCGUCGACCCAAGAAGCAAAUGGUACUCUCCCCAUUACAUGUAUGCAGGGGAUCAUUAUCCCAAUUAUUUAUCAGGCACGGCCUAUAUUUUGUCCAGCAGCGUGCUGACCCCUCUUCUUGAGGCCGCUAUGCUCACGCCGCUCUUCCAUCUCGAGGAUGUCUACAUCACCGGCAUUUUAGCACAGAAGAUUGGGGUCACGCCGCAGGAUAGUGUAGACUUUUCAUACAAAACUAAUCCAAGAGAUCCUUGUCUCUACCAGAACCUAUCUGUUGGUCAUGAUAUGGAGCCUCUGCAGAUGUACGAGUUAUGGAACACGUUACACCUGACGAACAUGACCACCUCUUGUGGGCCUGUCACAGCCGCUCAUAUCGGUUACACCUCGCCUCGUGAGUGUAGUGCCUCACCAGAGUCGCACACUCUUCUCUCGCGUUUAUCUUCCUACUUCUAUUGAUCUGUAUUCUGUUUCAAUAACUAAGGCAUUUAUAGCUAUCAUCAUAGAGCAGAGCAGCCCGUUUAUCUCUCUGUAUCGUUGCUCUAAUAUCAUUCACUUCUCAUUAUUUCCCAUUUCAAUUUAUAUUCAUCGUUGACGUGGAUCUGCCAUCCGAUGAUUGAUUUGUUUACGUUUGUAUUUUUGUCAGCACCGCAACGAGUUUCAAUAGAUGUCCCUUCCCUAUCUCCAUCUUUGGAGAGAUGUUCAUGGAGAAGAUGGAGAGAUGUUCAUCUCUCCAUCUUCCCUAUCUCCAACGCUGCUAGUUUAUUAUAAAGUUUGUCAUUUGAAAAUUGCCUGCAAACAUCAUCAAUGUUACAGUGUAAGGUGUUCGCUCGCAGUUUCAACCGCAUCCAACAUACUUCAGUUGCUACCGAGAAUGGUUCUCUUGCGAUCGAGUCUCACACAUACAUGUAGGAUAUAAUGCCCUACGAGCUGAACACUCCCCCACCUUCACUGAAAAUUUUAUGAUGUUCAACGUUGAUGUUAUAUCACUUCAGAAUCUUUACCUAAUAUUUUUGUUCUUUUCCGUUGUCGAAAUAUCUUCCUUAAUAUAUUUGCUGUUUUUCGUCGUCGAAAUUUUAUUAGAGGGUUUCUUCCGGCAGAAACCGUUCUGCACAUACAAUUCGUGUCAAUUAUUUUCCUGACGGGAAGCCGCGUAUUUAAAAUGAGCUUAAGAUCAGAAGAUAUAAGUUAAAAGAAUUCUCCCUGUACUGCACUGCAGGGCUCCUACUUUUCCGAUUAAAUGGUGGUGGGUAGGGUUAGUUAAUGAUGGUGAACAGGAUUAGCUAAUGAUAGUGGAUUUAUAAUGGUAAUACAAGACAAUUUUGCGGUCCAGAAGGUAGUUGCAACAUAUAUGAUGAAAAUGUUCGGCAAAAGCAAACGUUUUCUAUGCCAGAGACUAGAA